GGUCUAUAGAUGUAUUUGAUGACUUGAGAGAAAGGGGGAGAAGAAGGGUUACUAGAACAACAAUUUUCAGCUGGACUCGUGCAAGCGGUUGAUCAUACUCGCCCUAAUUUAAUUUUUCCCUUAAACAAGAUCUAUGGAUCCUUCAGAACAAAGGUAUUUGGAGGAUGAUACUACUCCUAUGAUGAAAACAGUCAAGGGUGCAACUAUGGGAUUAGUAUCAGGGACUAUUUGGGGAACCAUUUGUGCUACUUGGGCUGAUGUGCCUCGUGUUGAAAGAGGUGUUGCUCUUCCAGGUUUGAUAAGGACCUUGAAAAUGAUGGGAAACCAUGGCCUGACUUUUGCUGCAAUUGGAGGAGUUUAUAUAGGUGUAGAACAAUUGGUUCUGAAUUACAGAGGGAAGAGGGACUUUGUAAAUGGUUCAAUUGGAGGUUUCGCUGCUGGAGCUGCUGUUUUAGGCUUCAAAGCAAGGAGUAUCCCAACAGCCCUAUCUGCAGGAGCUGCUUUGGCCGUAACUUCUGCACUUUUGGAUGCUGGUGGUCAAACAACAAGAAUUGAUAAUGGGAAGGAGUAUGCUGCUUACACCACUGAAAAGAGGCCCUCCCCUCUUCCAUGAAUUCACUCUCCCGCGUCUCUUGAGUAGACCUCAUAACAGUCAUUCCUAGAGCUUCUUCCUUUUAUUCAGAGAUAACUUUUACUGUUGUAUCUUUUUGAUUUUCUUUUUCACCUUGCGCUGGCUUGCAGAGCACAAAUGGAUCAUUCAAAUAAAAUCUUGUUUGUCAUCUAUUCAUGGAUUUUUGAGUAUGUUGUUCAUUUGGAGUCAAAAGAUACAGAUAACUUUCUCCUCUGUCUGACGAUUGCUAGAUUGAAAUUUCUUGUAAUACAAUCCGCAUGAAUGAGCUUCCAAAAUCUCACUUUACAUUUGC